UCCGUCAGGCUCUUCGGUCUAGCGAAUCAGUCCCUCUCCGCGCGUCGCCGUGUGAAUACGCUUCAACUUGCGCGUUUGUUUUCGUAACUACCGCUAUCAUUUGUUUCAAACAAUCGCUCAGCUGACUGUGACUUACCACUACAUGACUGGAAAAGUGUUACUAAAGUAAUAGUUAAGUAGAUCCACCUCGUGUCGAGUGAAUUAAUCGUGAACUGUGAAGAAAUCUUCUGAGUUGAAUGUAAAAAUAUACGCGUCGCAGGGACCGUUCCAACGCGUGUUGAUCGAUACUUUUAAAUGAUAACAUGGAUUCAAUUAGGUGUUGUUUAAGACGACGGUGAAGUUUGUGAAAUUAUUAGUGUUGUGUUGUGAGUACGAACUCUGCUGUUUCGAAUAGCGAUGCGAUAAGCUUAGUUGCUGAGUAUGUGGCGCGCGUGGCGUUGCGCGCUCGCGCUGGCGGCGCUGGCGGCGGCGGACGCGCUGCAGCCGCGGUGCGAGGAGAUCACGAUACCCAUGUGCCGCGGCAUCGGGUACAACCUCACCUCCUUCCCUAACGCACUUGACCACGACACGCAGGAAGAGGCCGGCCUCGAGGUGCACCAGUAUUGGCCCCUCGUCGAGAUCAAAUGUUCCGCAGAUCUGAAAUUUUUCCUCUGCUCCGUCUAUACCCCGAUAUGUAUCGAGGACUACACGAAGCCGCUACCGGCGUGCCGGAGUGUGUGCGAACGCGCGCGUGCAGGCUGCGCGCCGCUCAUGCAGAAGUACGGCUUCCAGUGGCCUGAGCGCAUGGCGUGUGAGAAGCUACCGCGCCUGGGUGACCCCGAAAACCUAUGUAUGGAUGAAAACGAUCGCGCCCAGGAGCCCGAGCCGCCGCGACCCCCGCCGCGCCGGCCAUACAAAAAAGACUGCAAGGAUCCAAAAAACUGCGAAAGCGGCCCGGCUGCAAGCCCGGGCGAGGCGGCAAGCGACGAGUGCGCGUGCGCGUGCCGGCCGCCGCUGGUGAGCGUGCGAACGCUACACAACGCCAGCGCCACCACCGCCGGCGUGCCCGCCUGCGCGCUGCCGUGCCGCGGCGCCUUCUUCACGCGCGAGGAGAAGGAGUUCGCGGCCGUGUGGGUCGCGCUCUGGGGCGGCCUCUGCGCCGCUUCCACCCUCAUGACGCUCACUACCUUCCUGAUCGACUCCCAGCGCUUUAAAUACCCCGAGCGCCCGAUCGUCUACCUCUCCGCUUGCUACUUCAUGGUCGCCCUCGGCUACCUCACGCGCCUCGCGAUCGGUCACGACGAGGUCGCCUGCGACGGCGCUCUGCUCAAAACUUCGGCAAACGGCCCGAGCGCGUGCACGCUCGUCUUCAUACUGGUCUACUUCUUCGGAAUGGCGUCGUCGAUCUGGUGGGUCGUACUGUCGUUCGCGUGGUUCCUCGCCGCGGGCCUCAAGUGGGGCAACGAGGCGAUCGCGGGACACGCGCAGUACUACCAUCUGGCCGCUUGGCUCGUGCCGGCCGCGAAGACCGUGGCCGUCCUGCUCGCCGGCGCCGUCGACGGCGAUCCGGUCGCCGGGGUCUGCUACGUCGGCAACACCUCGCCCGAGAACCUCAAGAAGUACGUGCUCGCGCCGCUCAUCGUGUACUUCGCGCUCGGCGCGACGUUCCUCCUCGCCGGCUUCGUGUCGCUGUUCCGCAUCCGAUCGGUGAUCAAGCGGCAGGGCGGCAUCGGCGCCGGCUCGAAGGCGGACAAGCUGGAGAAGCUGAUGAUCCGAAUCGGCGUGUUCAGCGUGCUGUACGCGGUGCCGGCCGGCGUGGUGAUCGGCUGCCUGGCGUACGAGGCGGGCGGGCGCGAGGCGUGGCUGCGGCGCGUGGCGUGCGGCGCCGCGUGCGGGCCGCGCCCGCUGUACUCCGCGCUCAUGCUCAAGUACUUCAUGGCGCUUGCCGUGGGCAUCACGUCCGGCGUGUGGAUCUGGUCCGGCAAGACGCUGGAGUCGUGGCGGCGCGUGUGGCGCGGCGGGCGCGCCCCUCCCCCCGCGCACCGCGCGCUCGUCAAGGGCGCCGUGUGACGCGCCCCCGCGGGGCCGCCCCCCGCGCCCGCCCCGCUGCCGCCGCCGCCGCCCCCCGCGCCGCCCGCCUCGCUGCCGCCCACGGCGCCCUCCGCGCGCUCGGCGCAGCCGCUGUCCGACUACGGGCCGGUGUAGCUCCUUUCCGGGGACCCGAUCCGGUGCGCUCGCGGGGCCCGCCGGUCGACCGCCGAUCCCGUUCGCCGAUUGACGUUUCGAUCGCAGUGAUCGACCACCUCGCCACGCCGAGCGACGAGACCGUCGUCGACGAUCGACCGUUCGACCGUUCGGUCGAGGAACUUUCGUACCGGUCGUCCCGCCGACCCCUCGGUGCGCCGCGUGACUUGUGCCAUUCGAAGGAAACUCUAGAGUGGAGCGUGACCGUUCCGACGCGACGGUGACGCGUGACCUGUGUUCGGACUCGGAGUUGGUACCGAGUGAGUGAGAGUGCGCGUAGUCUAGUCGUAGCGCCGCACGCGCACACAUAUACGUAAUAGUGAGUAAGUCCGGCGGUGGCGUCCGAGCCCGCAUCGCUUCUCGAAAUUUACAAUAUUGUAGUUCCACUGCCCUCGAGCGCUUGUAGAAGCCGAUGCCAAUAAAAAUUGUUUAAAUAUUGA